AACCCCAAAAACAAGAACAAAAUUAAAUUAAAAUAAAAUAAAAAAAGCAAAAGCUAUCGCUACCACCAAUCACUCUUCCAUGCUGCACAAUUUUUCGCUCCUCUCACGAAAAGAAGCCAACCCAUUUAGACAAAUUCUCUUCUUUUUCUGCUGUUCCAAUCUUUCAACAGAAAACAGCCUCUCUUCAUUCCCAUUUCUUUACUCCUUUUUCCCCCAAUUCUCUCUGUCGCUCAACCUCACUGUUGCUGCCCCUUUCCCCCCUUGAUCCAACUAGAAAUAAUUCCAUUUGUCUAUGCCGCAGAGGUAAAUUCUUGCGUGUUUUUGGGUAUUCACUUACCUCCCCUCCCAAUUUCUGCUGCAAAUAGUUGAGCUGAUCUAGUUGAGAGAGGUACCACUGAUGAUACAUGGUGGUUUGAUAUGGAAAGGAUACCUGAGUUGCAUUCAGUUCCCAGGCUAUUGCCUGUUGCUAACAAAUCCCGGAGCACCCUCCCAACUUUAUCGAAAGAAGAGAUUCGGAAACCAUCCAGAUUGCGCGACCCUCAAGAGUUGGAUUCCCAUGUUCCUGCACAAGCAUGGAAGGGGAAGAGCUUUCUACAGGAGGAUGAUGAUGAUGAGGAGCUGAUGCCUGAUGUUCUUUCCUUCACAGUCGGUGACGAUUCAUUUGAAGAACCUGGCUCGACAUCGUUUCAUGGAGUGAGUCAUCCCCCAGAACCGGUGGAUAUGGACAUGAUGAGGCCCGUGUAUAUGCCAAUCGGCAGAAACAAAAAUGAUGGAAAGUGUUUGGCUAAAAGCUUUUCUAAGAAAGGCCCUUAUCUGGAAGAUCUCUCACUCCGUGUACCACCUAGCAUCAAACAGUGCCCGCCACUACUGUCGCCAGCUGAGAGCUUGGUUGAAGAGCAUAACGACCUAGCAGCUAUCUCGUCUCCAUUUGCCGCUUCCCGUCCCUCACAAAACACUGAAGCGAGUCCUCUCCCAGAAUCUGAGGAAAAGGAGUGCGUUUGGGAUGCUUCAUUACCUCCGAGCGGGAAUGUGAGUCCACUUAGCAGCAUCGACAGUGUUGGCGUUGCUAGGGCAAUGAGCAUUGCGAAUAGCUGUGCCAGCACAUAUCGAAGUGAUGGGAUAGUGAGUGAUGGCAUGAUCAGUGUCGACAGAAACUAUGAGAGUACAAAAGGGAGCAUCCCCGGGGAUUCUCUUGAGAGUACGAAAACCAGCCUCAGCCGAGCUAGUGAUAGCAGUGGCCUUAGUGAUGACAGCAACUGGAGUAACAUCACUGGCAGCGCGAACAAGCCUCAUAAAGGAAAUGAUCCCCGGUGGAAGGCUAUACUUCAUGUUCGAUCACGGGAUGGCAUCUUGGGCAUGAAUCAUUUCAAGUUACUGAGACGACUUGGUUGUGGGGAUAUUGGGAGUGUGUAUCUCUCCGAGCUGAGCUCAACUAGGUGUUUCUUUGCUAUGAAGGUGAUGGAUAAGGCAUCUCUUGCUAGCAGGAACAAGUUGAAUAGGGCACAGACUGAAAGAGAGAUAUUGCAGCUGCUAGACCAUCCAUUCUUACCAACGCUGUACACUCAUUUUGAGACCGACAGAUUUUGUUGCUUGGUCAUGGAGUAUUGUCCUGGAGGAGACCUGCAUACACUGAGGCAGCGACAACCAGGAAAACAUUUUUCUGAAUAUGCUACUAGGUUUUACGCGGCAGAAGUUCUAUUGGCUUUAGAAUACCUUCACAUGCUGGGAGUCGUAUACAGGGACAUGAAACCAGAAAACGUCCUAGUUCGUGAUGAUGGCCACAUUAUGCUCUCGGAUUUCGAUCUCUCCCUUAGAUGCGCUGUUUCCCCGACCCUAAUCAGAAAUUCUGCAUUAAAUUCAGAUCGAGGAUCUGGAUUCUGUGUGCAGCCAGCAUGCAUUGAACCAACAUCCGCCUGCAUUCAACCAACAUGCUUCCUUCCUCGACUCUUCCCUCAAAAAAGUAAGAAAAAAUCCGGAAAGUCCAGAACAGAAGCUGGGAUGCUAUCCGGUGGCACCCUACCUGAGCUAGUUGCCGAACCUACCGCAGCACGGUCCAUGUCAUUCGUUGGCACCCACGAAUACUUAGCUCCUGAAAUAAUCAAAGGCGAAGGUCAUGGCAGUGCAGUGGAUUGGUGGACCUUCGGCAUCUUCUUAUACGAACUACUCUAUGGCAAAACCCCGUUCAAGGGGUCAGGAAACCGCGCAACACUCUUCAAUGUAGUGGGACAGCAGCUGAAGUUUCCAGACUCGCCUGCAACGAGCUAUGCCAGCCGGGACCUCAUCCGCGGACUACUUGUUAAGGAGCCACAAAACCGGCUAGGGGUGAAAAGAGGGGCCACUGAGAUUAAGCAGCAUGCGUUCUUCGAAGGUGUUAACUGGGCUCUGAUACGGUGCAGCACGCCACCAGAGGUGCCGAGGCCUGUUGAGGCGGCCGAGUUUCCUUCGAAGUUUGGGCAAGUGGACCUGGCUAGCAGCAUGGGCAGUGGGAGCAAGAGAGUUGUAGGAAAUGACAUGAAAUCUGGUGGUAAAUUUCUGGAUUUCGAGUUCUUUUAGCUUAGGGAGGGCAUAUAUAUGUGUUGUUUUAUGUAUUUUGUGAGUACUGUUAGUUGUAGUUGCUGUGAUACUUGAGCUUUUGUUUUGAUGCAAUUCGACCAUCUUUUUUACCACUAGAAAUUGGAUCAAGAAUCUCAGCAUGUAAUGUAAUACUACAAUCAUCUGUUACCUAUUUAAAUCCAUUUUGGAUUCUUUUUAGUACAA